AUGGCGCCCAAGAGCAAGACAGAAAGCAAGAAGGCCGACGCGGCUCCUCCGUCUAGGCGGUCGGGGAGGUUGGCGGGUCAGGACGCGUCGAAGGAGAAGGAAGAAGUCGGGAGCAAGCGCGCCGCCGCGGACGAUAAGCCCGCUCUAUCAUCCAAGAAGGCCAAAUCUACCCCUGCGUCCAAGGGAGCCAAAUCCAAGGUCACGUCCAAAAAGGCCUCGGCCUCGGCAAAGACGGACGCGAUUCCCGAGUCCAGCGAGGAGGUCGAUGUCGAAGCUGCAGACAAGGCCGAGGCGGAGGCGGACGAAGCGGCGGAUAAGAAGGAGCUAGCGUCCAAGAAGGAGAAGGAGGCCGAGGCGCCCCAGGGUGCGGACCCAGAGACGGAUGGGAAGAAGGUGAUGAAGCUGGGGGACAAGUUGCCGAAGGUGACGUUGAAGGAUGAGGAGGGGGAGGAUGUGGAAGUGACGGGGCUGGCGGGGGAGAGGGGGGCGGUCUUGUUCCUGUAUCCCAAGGCCAACACCCCAGGCUGCACCAACCAAGCGUGCGGCUUCCGAGAUGCCUUUGACGAGAUCGCCGAGCUCGGAUAUGAUGUCUAUGGCUUGUCGAGGGACGGUCCCACCGCUCAGAAGAACUGGAAAGUAAAGCAGAAACUUACCUACAAGUUGCUUUGUGACCCAGAGUCAAAGCUGAUCAAGCGUCUCGGCGCCUUCGUACUCCCGAAAAACACCAAGCGCUCCCACUUCAUCUUCGAAAAAGGAACGGGCAAGCUCGUCGAGGCCAAAUACGGCGUCAAGCCUGCUGAUGACCCCGGGAACUGCUUGAACUUCAUCAAGGCGCAUCAAAAGUAA